GCGAGCGGACGUGCCGAUCAUGAGCUCUGUAGGAGCGGCUUCAGCGGCCCAGCAGGGCCGCGGUACCAGGAGUUUUGCCUCAGAAGACCCGGAAUACCAAGUUUUGCUGCCUCAAUUGCCGACAGGUCGGAUAGUUUUAAAUACAGUUUUUCUGCAUGCGGAUGUGCGUGCCAGGCCGUAUCGUGUGGAACAUUUCCGAGAUGCGUUGGCUAGCUUAGGCCUACUCGCUGAUGUCAUCGCCCUAGGGGCGUAUCAGAUGAGCCACGUUUGGGCGGUUACUUUCAAGAGCGACGAAGGCGUGAAAAGGCUUUCAAGCACCAAGAACCUCAAGGUGAAUGAACAUCGGUGCAUUGUUGUUUAUCCAGCCAAUCAGGCCGUGCGGCUGAAGCUGCAUUGGAUGCUUCAUAACGUGUGGGACGAGGAUAUACGGACAGCCCUGUUACCGUUCGGAAAGGUCACGGACGUUUUCCAUGAAAAGUGGCGUGUUCAAGGAGUUCAAGAUAAAGCAUCGUCGACACGGGUGGUGUCCCUGGUUCUGAAGACGGGUAUGACCAUAGAAGACCUGCCCCAUCAACUUCGUGUAGCUGGACCUGCUCUCCGAGAGGACGUGGCUGACCUGUUAAUGGACGAGGCUGACGUUGAUGAGGCUUCCCGCGUGCUAGUACCACCGGCGGACACAGUCGCAACACCUUCUGUGCCGGCGGCUAAUUCCAAGAAGGUGGUAAAUGUGCUGCCUACGGGCCCGAAAGAUGCAGUGCAAAGGCCAUGCGACGAAGGAGCCAAAGAAGAAUCGGCCGCAAAAUCCACCGCUGCCGAGGAGACCGCCACGGAGCACGGGCCGGUAACUUCCUUGAUGGACGUCGAAGAAUCGAGUGCAAGCAAUGCGGCUAUGAAAAGAGCGAGGGACUCGACCGGCAACCUGGACGGCAACCUGGACGGCACCCUUGACAACGGGGCCAAAGACGAGCCGCCGCCAAAAGCGCAGGCGGGUCGUCGUGUGCCCGUGCGCCUGAAGCCAAACAUCCCGCCGGACAGACGACCGGCGGCAAAACCGCCUAAGUAGGACCCGGCGCCUACUGGGGCGCCCGGACUAACGACGUGAAGACAUGGCGUCCUUUUUGGAAUCGGGCUUCGCGUACGCUCUAAAGGUACGCGUGUGGAUCGAGCGGUUUUCAGUGCAAAAGUUAUGCAUGCAAUUUUUUUCUACAGUGUGUCCGGAUCGCUUGUUCUUUAGCGGCACCGUGCGAUCGGCUUGCUUUUGCAGAUAAAUGGCGGGGAAACUAGAGAGAGCACUGAGAGUUGCCACGUUAAAUGUUCGUGGCCUUGGAGCGCGAAGGAGGCAAUAUCAACUUAGCCGCUUGUGUAUGGAGAAGGAACUCGAUGUAGUUGCCUUACAAGAAACUAAGGUAGAAACCCAAGAGCAGACCGAUCGCAUGGUGACGCCUUUCACGGCGCAUUACAAUGUGUGCGUGUGCCAUGCGAAUGGCACAUCAGGCGGAUGUGCGUUGUUAAUACGGAAGAGUGCUGGUAUCAUUGAAGAAAGUGUAACUGUUUCUGAAACUGGCCGCUUGCUUAUUGUAGAUUUUUCUUUUUCUCACGAUUUGUGGCGGCUCGUAUGCGUUUAUGCGCCAAACAAUGUGAAUGAUCGAUUUUUGUUUUUUGAAUCUAUCGAGCAAUAUCUAAAAUGUGAUCGCUUCGUCAUAUUUCUUGGUGAUUUUAACUGUGUGUGUUCUCCGGAAGACCGACUAAAAAGGGAAAGGGUUCGCGAUAAAAGUGCUCUCCUUUUGAGCAGACUAAUUGAAAACCACAACUUAGAAGAUGUGGGCCUAGUCCUCACUGAUGGUAUCAUUCCGCAGUACACGCACAUUCAGCGAAAUAGCCGAGCAAGGCUGGACAGAGUGUAUGUUUCUGACGUCUUGAUCACCCUUUGUAAUAGUUAUAACGUCGCACCGCAAUCGUUCACGGACCAUAGCUUGGUAAGCUUCUCGAUUGGGGAAAAAGUUAAAAGAACACGAUUCAACUGGAACAUGUGGAAAUUCAACGAAAAGCUGCUUGAUGAUGAACCAUUUGUGCGAAGAGUUAAGGAAAAGAUAACAGAGUUGAUGACAAAUGAGGAUGAAUAUUUUACUGCCACAUGGGAGGAAUUUAAGAUUCAAGUUAAGUUCAUUGCAAUAGAAAGAGGAAGCAGCCUUCAGCACGAUAAAUUACAGAAACAAAGAGAGCUGCAAAGACAGCUAGAAUAUCUGUCAAGCGCAGAAAAUGCGGGUCACGAUCUAUUAGCUGAAAACGUAAAGAAAGUAAGACGCGAGCUUGAAGUUAUCGACGAAGAGCGAUACAAAGCAGCAGUUAUACGCGCUAGAAGCGAACGCCUAUGGAUGGGUGAGAUACCAAACAAACGGGCAAUGAGCGAUGAAAAGCGUCACGCGUCAAGAAAUGAGAUCCAACAGAUACGUCUUCAAAACGAGGUGACGUCAGACGCUUCGUCGAUUGAGAAAGCUUUUGUGGAGCACUAUCGCGAAUUGUUCGGCAAUGUGACGCGUUCUGGACUGGUCUUCGAGAGUGAAUUCAUGAGCGAGAUGCCAAGGUUGGAUGACGACGUUAGAGAAAGUCUUGAGAGACCAAUAGCUGUAUCCGAGAUCGAAAGGGCGAUGGAAGAACUGCCAUUAGGCAAAUCGCCAGGGCCGGAUGGCCUAGGCGCCGCUUUUUACAAGGCAUUCAGUCAGGAGUUUGCGUGUAUAUUGCACCGACUACUCUCAGAGGCGUAUGAAUUUAAAAAAGUACCACCCUCAUUCCGGACUUCACACAUAGUAUUAAUUCCGAAAACCGAUGACCGGGAAAAGCUCCUUUCAGUAGGUUCAUACAGACCGAUAAGUCUGACCAACACAGAUUACAAAAUAUUUAUGAAAGUACUGGCUCGACGAUUUCAAAGCGUGAUUCAGCAGCUUGUAGGGCCACACCAGACGUGUGGCAUUAAAGGCCGCACCAUUUUCACGAACACCCACAUUGCAAGGAAUGUGCUCGAAUGUUGUGAUGCCAUUGGGGGUCGGGUGGCCAUGUUGCAGCUAGACCUUGCGAAGGCGUUCGACCGGGUGUCACAUGAGGUGCUUUUCGCUAUACUGCAGUACUGUAAUGUUGGGAGCGUCAUUGUAGAUGGCGUUAAAAUGGCUUAUGAAGACUGUUACACGCAGCUUAUAGUUAAUAAGUGUCUUAGUUCGCGGGUGCCAGUCCGCUCGUCUGUACGGCAAGGCUGUCCCUUGUCUCCUUUGCUUUUUGCCCUGUACCUCGAACCCUUUUGUAUGGCAGUCAUACGGGAUGAAAACAUUCGUGGUUUUAGGCUGCACGCCACAGAAGUUAAAAUGCUAGCUUAUGCAGAUGACGUCGCCGUCUUUUGUGAAGACAGGGAAAGCGUGGUCGAGGCUGUCCGCCUUGCAAGAUCCUUUUGUAGGUACACUGGUGCCCAGAUAAACUUCGAAAAAAGUGUUGGGAUAUGGCAUGGAAGCUGGGACGCGACACCCACAAACUUCGCCGGUAUGCAGUGGACUACAGUGCCUUCACUGUAUCUAGGAGUGCCCCUUGAGUGCUAUCGGGACUCGACACAGUUGUGGACCGGACAAAUAGAAUCAAUGAAAGAAAAGAUAAAAGGAUGGCAGGGCCGGGGAUUGUCAGUGUUUGCACGUGCUUCAGCUUGCAAUGUUUUUUUGAUUGCCAAAGUUUGGUACAUACUGCAAGUAAUGUUCAUGUCCCGUGUAAACGUUCAAAAAAUGCAUCGAGUGUUUGCUAUCUUCAUCUGGA